AUGGUGGUCGCUUUCGGUGCGCAUGCCGACGAUGCUACCCUCGAUAGUCAUCACCGCAUACUUGCACACAAGACUGUCUCGUAUUCCGUCCUCAAUGGAAGACGGAAACAGUUUUGGCUAUAUGCAUUCUACAACAGAAGGGUCUGGCCUGCCCUCCGCCACACUCAUGAUAAGGACAUGGGCAUUGGUCAGCUACUGCGGCCGUCUUCGGCUCAUCAACGUCACGGUUCUUGGCGCUUACACUAG